CAGGGUCCGCGGCUCCUGCCCAGAACGGGGGCCCCGCGGCGGCCCAGGAGCUGUCCCCGUCGCGGUCCCCGACGCUCAGGGAGAGCUACGAUCUCGCCUGCAAGGUGAUGCUGCUCGGCGAUUCGGGCGUGGGGAAAACCUGCUUCCUGCUCCAGUUCAAAGACGGGGCCUUCCUCUCUGGGAACUUCAUAGCCACUGUCGGCAUAGACUUCCGGAAUAAAGUCGUGGCAGUGGACGGUGUGAAAGUAAAAUUGCAGAUCUGGGACACAGCGGGGCAGGAGCGAUUUCGUAGCGUGACCCACGCCUACUACAGAGAUGCCCAGGCUUUGCUCCUCUUUUAUGACAUCACCAGCAAAAUGUCCUUUGACAAUAUUCGGGCCUGGCUCAUAGAGAUACACGAAUAUGCCCAAAAGGAUGUGGUCAUUAUGCUGUUAGGCAAUAAGGCUGAUGUGAGCAGCGAGAGAGUCAUCAGGAUGGAGGAUGGAGAGUCACUAGCCCGGGAAUACGGAGUGCCUUUCAUGGAGACCAGCGCCAAGACGGGCAUGAACGUGGAGCUGGCAUUUCUGGCUAUUGCCAAAGAACUCAAGCAGCGAGCUGUGCAGCAGCCGGACGAGCCCAGAUUCCAGAUUCGGGACUACAUAGAGUCACAGAAGAAAAAGUCCAGCUGCUGUUCCUUCAUGUGAGAGAGAAGGAUGGCAGGGAGCAUCUGUCCUUGCAUUUUUAAUUGUGUCCACACAGCUGAAGUUGCGGCAGUCCUUCACUCUGUUCAGCAGAUGAUGAUGUUCACAUACGAUGGAAAAGAAAGGGGGAGACCCAGAACAAAC